AUGUCACCAGCGAAGGAUACGGUACCCGGAUCGGAUGAAAAUAUCAAAGCGAAUUGUGAUUCAUUUGGUAUACGAACAAAUGAUGUUAAUGCUUUACCAAAUGCAGAUCCUUUAACAGAUUAUCCAAAUUUAUGCAAUCGAAUUCCGGAUCCUGUACGUUUUCAAUUGGCAAUAAAUAAUUCUUACCCUGAAAGAAAAAAAUGA